CCAAACACACAUCUUCGUGCCCGCAAGGACCUGUCGCAACAUGCCAAAAGGCUGAAAUUAUACCUGGAGUUGCGUAAAACUACCAGACGCCUCGCGAUAACGGAUAUCAACCUUUUGUAAUCGCGACCCAGAAAGCGAACAUGCAAGCCGCACUCGAACCCUUCCACCAGGCCUACGCCAGUGGGCUGGUAGAGCAUGUCUCAGCCUUCUUUAGUCCAAUUCCGCCGUCGCAAGAUCCCGGUCGACUAUAUGAAUUCUACCGUGCAUCAAGCGAAGACAAGGUCGAAGGCGACGUGCGUUAUGGGUUCAGGUACAACAAGAACACGCGUAUGACCAACAAAGAGAGCGGUGCUUGGAUUGAGAUUAUUACCUGUUUCUGGCGCGCCAUCAAUCAGGUUAUAAAGGCGGAUGAGGCAGCAAACCAGGGAAGACUUGGUGAACAUCAAUACAUUGCUGUAUAUGAUACAUGGAAGGACUUGACCAGCAACCUCAUCAAGCAUAUAACAGCUGGCGUGCUACCAUCAUGGGCCAUAUUCGUCUUGUACUCCACCGCAAAUCAUCUUAGGAAGAUAGCUAUCAAAGCAGAUGAGCACUUGGCCAAAUCGAAAUCAGCAACACUCAACACCAGCUUCUCAGACGAUAUCGUGACCACGGUUCCUCAAAACCAGAAGCUCGAGGAGGCAGCCAGAGUGUUUAACAGGAUAUUCGCCCUUUGCCUAGGUGACAGGAACCCACACCCUGUAGAGACGCGCAAGUGGGGUGUUUACUGCAUAGCCAACCUCCAGUUCAAGACGUACUUUAAGUUGAAAGCCAUUAGCCUGUCGAAGAACGUCGUACGAUCGAUCGAAGCACAGUCCGACCUACCUCCCUUUAAAGACUAUCCGCGAGCGCACCAAGUGACUUACAAAUACUAUCUAGGGGUAUUAUCAUUUCUGCAGGAAGAUUAUGUCAAGGCAGAGAUCAGUUUGCAAGAAGCAUGGCGGUCUUGCUUGCCAAGUGCUCAACAUAACAAAUCACUCAUUCUCACAUACCUCAUACCCUGUCGCCUCAUCACACAACACAUUCUCCCGACCGCCGCCCUUCUCGCUGAAGCCCCUCGUCUAGCACGCAUAUUCGGCCCUAUUGUAUCAUGUAUCAAACGAGGCGAUCUUACAGGCUUUGACAAAGCUCUCGCAGACGGCGAACCCGAACUGGUCAAACGGCGUAUAUUCCUCACCAUGGAGCGAAGUCGCGACAUCACCCUGCGCAAUCUCCUCCGCAAAGUCUACCUAGCCGGUGGCUACGACGAGCUAAAAGAGGGACAAACAGAACAGCAAAGAAUAAGGAAGUCACGCGGCGAAGCAGCGCAGUCUGAGAUGAGAGUAGAGUGUCUAUUGGCGAACCAAAUCUACAAGGGCCUCAUGAAAGGCUACAUCUCACGCGAGCACAACAUGGUCGUCAUGAACAAAAAGGGUGCAUUCCCCGGAACAGGUGUCUGAUGCCUAAACUUCUGCCUAUCCUUACAAAUGUAGCACCCAUCAGCCAGCUUCGGCUGCCUACCCACCAAGCCUUCUCACUGGCUACAGAUGCAUGUGCACGCAGCCUCGUAGCAAUACAAGUGCGAUCGAGAUUCACGUGGCUGUUACCUCAUCAGCCAGCUAGCGUAGCGUGAUGUAACGGAAACGAUAGUCUAAAAAAUCCUAUCAAUGU